GUGGCCGGCCGAACGGGGCUUGUGUAACUUUGCAAACGUGCCAGAAAGUUUAAAAUCUCUCCUCCUUGCUUCACUCCAGACACUGCCGGCUCGCAGAGCCGCCCGCACCGCUCCCCAUCGCCUUCCAGAGCACUGGGAAAGAGGAAAGAGGCGGGUGCCACGUCCCAGCAGCUGCCUUGACUGGAGGAGGGUCUGCAGCCCACCCUCGGCACUGCUUGGUGGGGCUAAGAUACUCGCGCUCCACUGCCUGCCGGGUUGAAGAUUUCUCCCUCUCUCACGUGACUUGAACCCCGUUUUUCUUUUCUCUGAGCUACGUCCUCCUGGAGUGGGGGCUAUCGGGGAAAGGGAAUGAUGCACUUCGCCUGGACCACGCUCCUGCUGGGGCCCCUGCAGCUCUGCUCGCUCGUGCGUUGCGCCCCGCCGGCCACGGGCCAGCAGCAGCCCCCUCGCGAACCUCCGGCGGCUCCUGGAGCCUGGAGCCAGAGGAUCCAAUGGGAGAACAACGGGCAGGUGUUCAGUUUGCUGAGCCAGGGCUCACAAUACCAGCCGCAGCGCCGACGGGACCCAGGCGCCACCGCCCAGGGCGCCGCCAACGCGGCUGCCUUGCAGCCGCGCACGCCGAUCCUGCUGCUCCGCAACAACCGCACCGCAGCGACUCGGGCGCGGACAGCUGCCUCUUCGGGAGCCGCUGCUGGCCUCCCCGGGCCCGCAGCCCGCCACUGGUUCCAAGCUGGCUACUCGUCGUCCGGGACCCACGACGCUGGUGCCUUGCGCACGAGGAACCGGACUGCACCAGCAGAGCGCCCAGCGCUCAGUAACUUGAGGCCCCCUAGUCGAGUGGACGGCAUGGUGGGUGAUGACCCAUACAACCCUUACAAGUACUCCGACGACAACCCCUAUUACAACUACUACGACACGUACGAAAGGCCCCGGCCUGGGAGCAGGUACCGGCCAGGGUAUGGCACAGGCUACUUCCAGUACGGUCUCCCGGACCUGGUGCCAGAUCCCUACUAUAUCCAGGCUUCCACAUACGUGCAAAAGGUGUCCAUGUACAACCUGAGAUGCGCUGCGGAGGAAAACUGCUUGGCCAGCUCAGCAUACAGGGUGGAUGUCAGAGAUUAUGAUCACAGGGUGCUGCUAAGAUUUCCCCAAAGAGUGAAAAAUCAAGGGACAUCAGAUUUCUUACCAAGCCGACCAAGAUAUUCCUGGGAAUGGCACAGCUGUCACCAACAUUACCACAGCAUGGAUGAGUUCAGCCACUAUGACCUGCUCGAUGCGAACACCCAGAGGAGAGUGGCCGAAGGCCACAAAGCAAGUUUCUGUCUUGAGGACACGUCCUGUGACUACGGCUACCACAGGCGAUUUGCAUGCACUGCACACACACAGGGGUUGAGUCCUGGCUGUUAUGAUACAUAUAAUGCAGACAUAGACUGCCAGUGGAUUGAUAUUACAGAUGUAGCACCUGGAAACUACAUUCUCAAGGUCAGUGUGAACCCCAGCUACCUGGUGCCUGAGUCGGACUAUUCCAACAACGUCGUGCGCUGUGACAUUCGCUACACGGGACAUCAUGCGUAUGCCUCAGGCUGCACGAUUUCACCGUAUUAAAAAGCAAGCCAAGACUCCCAAUGGAUAAAUCAGUGCCUGGUGUUCUGAAGUGGGAAAAAAUAGAUAAACUUCAGUAGGAUUUAUGUAUUUUGGAAAAAGGGAACUUUCUGUUCAACAAAGGAAUUUUUGUUUGUUUUAUAAUAGUACAUAACUGGAUUUUGAACAUUUAAAUUGGCAUUAUUUGGAAACAUUUUAAUAUGAUUCACAUUAUUUUGUGAAUUAACAUAAUGUUUCAAUUAUGUAGUUGCACACUUGGCUCUUUCAAAGAAAUCCAAAUUUCUUAUGCUCUUUUUGAAAUUAUAAUACAGAAAGGAAAAUAAUAUUUCGAUGAAUGAGCCAAAAUUACUUUGAACUGGUAAUUUUCUAAAGUACUGAAAUUUCAGUGAACCACAAUAAUAACUGGCUUAUAUAUGUCCUGGCAUAGAACAAUUAGAAAUGAGGCUCCUACUGUUUAAAUAGAUAUGGACACAUUUGGUGCUGAGAAAGGAACAAACACAUUACCAUUGGUAUCAAGAAGUAUUACUAUAUAGCAGAGAAAUGGCAAUAUAUGUAUUCAGAUAGUUACAUCCCUAUAUAAAAUUUAUGUUUACAGUUUUAAAUUAGUAGACACACUCCUUUCUUUCUGUCAAGUGUACAAUUUCAUUCUGACUUAAGUCAGCCUUUGUUUCGGAACAAAUUAAGUAAUUGAGCUGCCAAGCUCCUCUCUGCCAUUUGUUGAUGCUCCCUCUACUCUCUAGUUUUCCUAUGGGCAGAGAACUUUUAAGUGGCAUCCUUGAAAUUACCAUUCUGGGGGACUGGUAGACAUAGCACAACUGUGUCAAAGGGAAGUCAUUCUGCUAACAAAUGUAAUACAUCCAAAGAUGCACAAUUAAGUAUAUUGAAAUAUUAGCCAAAAUUCUUUCCUUAUUGACAUAAAAUAAAAAUCAUACAAACAAGUCCCUCAAACCACAACUGUCUGUCAAAUACUUUUUAAAAAUUAAUGAAAAACAUCUUUAAAAAUUAAUGAAAAAUUUUCAAAUUUUCUACAUUUUUUAAUGUUUAGGUUUAAGAAGAUGAAUGCUAGAAAAUGUUAAGUUAUCCAGAAUGCAAGACAUAAUAUGUGUGGAUUCAGGAAGGUUAUCCUAGGUCUGCCAGGAGUCAGUCAUACAUGUUUGUGUAUGUGUCUGAAAUACAAUCCAAAUUAGGAAAGCACACAGCAUUACACACUUGAGGAGUUGGUGAAUAAGGGAAAAAAUUCUGCAAAACCAAGGACUGUGCUGCAUAAUGAGACAGCUGUGAUUUUAUUUUAAACUGUGAAACCAUGUGCUACAACAGAAUUUGGAGAAUUUCUCUUUUUCCUAAAUUCAAAAAGUACAGAAAAAAACCAAAUCACAUGUUUAAGUUAGUGGUGCUUAAGAAGUUUUCCUACAUUAACAAGUAUUAAAAUCUUAAGGAAGGUACUUCAAGUGCAAGGACACAUGAGGUAGAACUUUAAAAAUGAGUUGGCAUCCCUGUACUAUAUAUAUGUCAUGGAAUUGUAAAGUCAACAAGGUUCCACACUCACUUGGUGCCCAGCAGGGGGAGAGGAGCUAGAAACGGACAGUCACUGAGGGGUGGAUAACAGAGGACCACAUAACCCACAUGCGCCAGGGCACACACUUACCAACAGAGAAUACAGACAGCUUAAUAGAGACCCAGAACUUUCACUGAGCUCUUAUCUGAGCUAUGGGAUAGCUUCUUUGAUGUACCUCUUUGCCUUAAGUUUCUUUUUAGUUUUAAGAUGGUAGAAUGAUCCUUUCUUUUAAAUUGUAAUCUUUUCAAAUAUUUUAAUAUGCUUAAAAAAACAACAGAAAACUACUGUCAGUAUUAAUGCUGAGCCACAAUGGCAUCUACAGAUUUAAGAUCUAUAGUUUCAUCAAGAUUCUUACCCCUUAUAUUACAAACUAGCCAAUACCAUGGCCUUUGGAUACAUAUGAGAUGACACAUUUAUCAUUCAUUGAGCUCUCCAUCUGUCCAUCCAUCAUCAUUUGAGGGCCUAAUAUAUGUCAGGCACUCACGUGCUAGGCAUUAGGAUAUAAAAAGGAUUAUUCCUAACCUCAAGUAUUAAAAAUGUCAUUAUUACCCUUUAGGUUCACUUUAUUUCAUUUUAACAACUAUAAGUACAUGUCUAAAAAAUUUUAUUUUAAGCACUAUUGUUUUUCAUGACCAUAUUUUAUUUUAAAAAUAAGUUAAUAAUUAAUGGUUAUAUGCAUGUAUGUUACUAAUAAUUAAAAAUAUUUCCAAUCCCUGAAAUGUCUGCCUUUUAAAUAUAACAUGUCCUACUUGGUUGAUUUUGAAAAAAAGUUUCAAUUAGGAAGCUAAAGAUUCUCACUUAUUCCUUAUGUAAACAUUCUUCCCCCUCAAUCACCCCUAAACACUCCCAAAUUACUCACAAGUAUUGAUUUAACACUUAGUAUGUUUGAACUUCAAAGGAUUGCUUCUCUGAAUAACCACAAAAACUCACAGAAAAUGACUAGGUGGUAAAACUUAUCCAUUAAUAAAAUAAACAAUCCAAGCUUACCAAACUCUAAAAAAGAAAUAGCAGAAAAGAUACAAAGAAUGUUGAGUACUAGCUUUGAAACUAAUAAAGACUGUGAAAAAGAUGGGCUAAAUAGGAAAGUAAUUUAGUGAGUCUUCUACAUGCCAUAUUAGUGGCCUCAUAAUUAUCCAGACCACAGUCUGGAUUUAAAGAUAUCUUGACCUCGGAGACUAGGAUUCAGUCUCUCAACAGUACCAUAGCAUAUGAAUCUACAUCUUGACUAUAUCCAGGAAAUCUAUAUUUUUGCAUAAUUUUAUUCACAAUUUCAAUCGCUAGGCAAUAUUUGUAAUAAUGAACAUAAAUUUUUCUCUUUGAAACCUCAUAGAAUAACCACAUUCAUAAACAUUUCCAAUAUUGAGAUUCUAGAGGAAUUGCAGUUUAUUAAAAUUAUCAUGGCACUGAGAAUUUAUCUUUAGCAAAUUGUGUAAAAAUAUAGAAUUUCUGGUCAGAAGAUAUUUUAUUUUAAAAGUAACUUGUUCUGAUACUAACAGUAUAGUAACUGAUAAGUAAAAAUCACCCCUUUUCUAUAUAUUUUUUAUAUUUAGAAUUCAUAUUCACAGUUAAUAUAUUCAAACAACAGCUAUAUUUCAUUUUCAGCUGCCAAAAGUACUGGGCCACUUCUAAAACUUCCAGCAUUUCAUUUAUCCAUGAAGCCAAAAUGGUGCUGAAUUAUUUCAACUUGAAUGUAAAAGUGCUGUCUUAGUUCACAGGACUUAAACAUUUAAUUAAUAUAUAACUGCUGGCUACUAACUACAUGGCAUGUCGUUUGGUAUUGCAAUACUUUUAAUGAAGUUUUAGUCUCUUCCAAAUUUUUCAGGAAUCUUACUUGUAAAACAUCUGUAACUUUUUUAAGAGCUCUUACUCUAAAAUGCCCAGACACUGGCUUUAUAUUCUUUACACUCUCACGUUCUCUUUUGUAUGCUUAUACUAUGAGUGCAAAAUUAUGAAAAUACCUUGAAUAAAUGAUUUCAAGUAUC